UAGUGACCCGUGAUGAGGCAAGCUUCUUCUGCCCAGAGACAUUAGACUAUACCCUGCAUGCAGAGUCUAGUUAUAAAAUAACCCUAAAGAGAUAAAGAACACUAAAUAAGCUUUCCAAUGGUGUGCUGUAUACAGGUUUUUCCAUUGCUGUGGGUUGUUGGAGCUUUUGGCCGACCAGAGAGGUGUGCCUAUGAACCAUGGGGGCAGUGUAAGAGAACAGCUUCGUGUCCAGUCAAAAAUAAUGCGCCAUUCAAAAUAAAUUCCUACCAUGCAGCCCCAAGUCAGUAUGAUGGAGCCAGGGAGCGCAUGAAGCUAACUAUGGAGUACAAGAGAGAACAGUCUGCAGCCAGACAGGCCUGUAGAGCUGCUGGCACCUGCCCUGAAUAUGCUUACAGAACCACCGAAGGGGCUAUACCUUGUGUCAAUGGUUUUGCUGGAGCCCAUGCUUGCAGGAACAUAGACCAGGUAGCAUUUAUCUCAAUGGAACAGUUGGAUCUGGAGUACAACAAUGCAUUCAAUUUAGAUGGUAAUGAUCUCUGGGCAUGGACUGAUCCAGUGAAUGGUGAAGAAUACAUCAUAAUGGGACUCAUGGCUGGUACAUCAUUUGUCCGUAUCUCCCCUAACCCAGAGACACCAACAGUGGUUGCAUAUCUACCAAGCACAAAUGGUAUCUCCAGUGACUGGCGUGACAUGAAGGUUGUAAACAACCAUGCCUACAUAGUCUCAGAGGCUACUGGACACGGUCUCCAGGUGUUUGACCUCACCAGACUCCGCGGCCAGACCUCUUUAGGAGUCGUCGAACCAGACUUCCACUACACUAGAUUUGGCAAUGCUCACAAUAUUGUAUCAAAUGAAGCAACUAAUACUGUGUUUGUAGUUGGUGCUACUGAAUCACCUUUGGAAUAUGAUACAUGCUUUGGUGGCCUCCACAUGCUUGAUGUCAGUGAGCCCAAAAAUCCUCAAUUCAUUGGUUGCUUUGAUGAGGAUGGCUACGUGCAUGAUGCCCAAUGCCUCAACUAUAACGGCCCAGACAGCACUUACACUGGGCGUGAGAUCUGCUUCUGCUACAAUGAGAACUCUCUGACUAUUGUUGAUACUAGGGCAACUAAUGGACCAACUAUUAUCUCUAGAGUGGAGUAUGCUGGCUCACAAUACACACAUCAGGGAUGGCUUACUGAGGAUCAGAGUGUUUUGUUGAUGGAUGAUGAACAAGAUGAACAGAAUAACUUUGACCAGCGUACCAGGACCUACAUAUGGGAUGUGAACUCCUUGAGUAAUCCAAUUCUCAGGAACACCCAUUUCCAUGAGCUUUUGUCAAUAGAUCACAACCAAUAUGUUAAUGGAAGCCUUACCUACCAGGCCAACUAUGCUGUAGGCCUGAGAGUGUUGAGAAUAGAGCAGUCUACAUACUCUCUCAGUGAAGUGGCCUACUUUGAUGUAUAUCCUCCUGAGGAUGGCACCAACCCUGUACGAUUUAAUGGAGCAUGGAGCACAUACCCCUGGCUUAAAUCUGGUGUAGUACCAGUCUCCAGUAUUGAAUAUGGACUUUAUCUCCUGAGGCCCAAUGUUGUUGCCAUGGAGAAUGACUACCAGCGUCAUCUAUUUGGAGAGCAACAGCGCACAAGUGAAGACAUGACAUGCCCCAAACAGACCAGACCAUGCAGUCCAGAUGCAUGUUGAAGUUGCAAUAUAUAGAGGACCUUUAAGCAUAAAGUGACAAUAAUAACAAACCAAAAUUUAAGCAAAGGCAAUCAUUUACAAAAUAAAUUAAGAGGAACCUAAAAAUUCUUCAUAUUAUUAUC